UGGAGUGACUGUGUGUAGAUAGACUAUCAUAUACCUGUACUUCACAUCGUCAUUAAACCUGAAACAAAUCGGUGCAUGCUGCAGGUCACAGGGUUCAACCAAGUUCUAUCAGAUACAGGUGAAACGUGUACCCUAUAUAUCUUCACACAGAUAGACAGCUACCCAGCUAUCUAUUUAUAGAUUUACCUGUACCUUACCUGCAGUGACACUAAGGUAUCAGUACGAGAUAAGGCCAGGUAGGGAGUUUUUCUCAUCUCUUGGGAGGAAGGAAUUAGCCGUAUACUGCUGUGGCUAUUUACUAGCACGGUGCCUGCUAUCAGUGAACAGCACUGUUGACUUUUGAAUGCUGUAUGUAUAUACAUACACAUGUAAUUAAAGGACCACUUUAGACAUCAUUAUUACCAUCAUGGAGACAUGCUGAUGGAAUACUUUCAGAACACUUAUGAAUGGUUAGCUACAUUAUGGACAUAAAUUAAUAAUAAAUCAUACGACAAGGGCUCUCAAAGUGGAGAAAGUUUGGAUAGUUUUAUGGCUAUAGGAGCAAUGUCAACUGUUCAGGUAUCGCAGCCCAUAUAAAGCUGAAGACUUUUAAAUACGGCAUUUUUCUGCUAGAAGCACUGUCAGAUUGUCUCGGUAUUAACGCCUGUAGGAGUGAGAACAUUUAAAUAACAGGUAUCCUGCAAGGCUGUGUCUUGGUGAGAGAAGAACUCCGUGUUUUACCUUUAUCCCCACUGCCUGACAUUCUUUGAUUGGCAUUCAGACCGGCGAGGAGGGAAUAUUAACACCAAGUGCCAUUGUUGGCUAGGUGCUAUACACCGACAAAUUCUUUUAAUGAGACAAUCCUCUGUGGUAGGGCCGUUGACAAACUCUGUGUGCCAAAAGAUUGGUCCUACUGCCGACAUGCCAAAACUCACCUAGGCUGCCCUGCUGUGUCUCAGAGGAAAAAACUUUUUAUAAUCAUCACUCAGGCGAGUCAUUUUAUACAAGACGGCCCAGUGACUGUGAUUGGAGGAGAAAUCUCUCAGAAACCUGAAGGCAACUGGUUUUCUAGGCUUCUAAAAAUAAUCCGGUGAAUUGAACUCGUAUUAUUGACUGAAGUAUGUACCAUGUUAAGUGAAGCAAGCCAGCAGGCAAGCAGACAGUAUAAAGAUUGGCACCCUGCAUACUUGUCGUCAUAUGGGACAAUUUUUUAUGUGGAACACCUUGUUUGCGGCUUUCUUGACUUCCAUUGGUUGACGUAAUCAGGUAUCGGCAGGAAUCAGGCUGUGUCAUCGGGACAACAAUACACACACACAUCAUCUCCCACUCUCACAGACUACCUCUACCUGAGCUGGUGCCACAGGCAACAACAGCGUAGCAGACGACAGUCACAACCUGAGAUCCGCCUCAUUUAAUUGGAGAAAGUUGACAGAUAUUUCAAAGAGUAUGGCCACCUCCAGCGAGCUCCAGAACAAAUCUGAGGGAAAGCAAAUAUGGCCGACGACCGAGAUGAUGAAGGAGGAUGUACACCAGAAUCGAAUAUAAAGACACGAGGACGCGUGCGAAUCUGUAAAUCCUGCAAGUUCACCUGUACAGACUCCAAGGAAUUCCUGAAUCAUCAAGUGUAUGCACAUUCACAGGACGGUGACCCAGACCUGUUGGCCUCUCUUGGGAGUCGACGUAAAAGUCAAAGUUCUAUGAACAAUCAUCAUACAAAAAAAACAUUGACUCGAUCAAGUUCAUCUUCUGAUACAGUAGUAUCACCAUCAGAAAAACUUUUAACUCACAGAGGUGAAAGGUUUCCACAUUCAUCACUAGAAGUCACAUCACCGUUAGAGAAAACGUCAAACCCUGAUGGUGAACAUUUCAAAGAAAAGUUGGACAAUUUUAUAAGUAACGAUAUAGAAACCUCUGACUCUAUGUCGGAUAUACAAGAGGUUGGAUUGGACAGAAAUACAGCCAAUGAAAAAACAGUAGACGCUGAAUAUACCAGUGACCUUGAGAUGGAUAUGGACAUGGAUGAUAAGGUCACUGAACAGACGUACAUCCUGAACCCUGAGGGGGAUGACCAAGACGAAGAGGGGCGUCUGAUAAUUGCCGAAGACGAGCCAAAACAUUCCAAUCAUGUAGUCACACAACCCACGCGAAGUGGUAAUAUACAAAAUCGUACGUAUGUGUGCAAUCUCUGUGAAUUCAGCUCGACUAGUGCCAAGAUUUUCCUGCAUCACCAAAAGGACAGUCAUAGCCUUGACAUUACUAUCUAUGAAUGUGACAUUUGUGAAUACGCUACAAAAUAUAAACAGAAGCUUCCUCGUCACAGAAAGUUACACUUUACAGGGAAGGAAAAUGGCGGAAUGAUGAGCGGCUCGGACCUCGACAGCAGCUUCGGGGAAAAGAGCUUCCACACCGAGGAUCGUGACAUGGAAAUUAGGGAACACAUGUUAGGAGAGGAAGAGGAGGAGGAGGAGGUGUACGAUGAGGAGGAAGAGGAAGAAGAAACAGUUGUCCCUGUUGCUCCUGAUAAUAACAUCUGUGAAAUUGUACAAGGUGAAAAGAAAAAGCGUAAAACUAGACAAGAAGUUGACCCUGCCAAAUACUUUGAAGUUUUGGAUGAAACGGGAGUCAAAUAUGCCUGUUCCAAAUGUGGCAAUGUCUACAAGUGGCGUAAAUCUCUCAACAAGCAUUGGAAGGAGAAGCACUUUGGGGAUCUUCCCGAUACCGGUCGACCACCGACUGGUCUUGUCAAGCUCAACACUAUUAGUCACGUCAAAUACAGGGUCCCCAGCUCUUAUGAAAACAACGGGCGAAUGUCUGUCUCCCCAUCUGUGGGCAGCCAUAAGGGCGGGCGCUCUAACACGGCUACCCCCCAGAGUCUACACGGAUACCCUAUACACUCAGAACCUCGGGAGGAUAUGCCAAUGCCUUCAGCCUCCUCUGUGGUCAUGCCAAAGUUCAUUGGUCCUUUCAUCACAAACACUACUUCAUACCCUGCCAAUAAGGGGCCCGGUCAUGCUAUAAUGGAAGCACUUCAGGGGGACAAAGUCCGUCGUUCUCCACAAACAGGUGGUCAAGAUGAAAACAGAGCAUCCUCUGGGCCACGCCAGAGGGAGCAGCCUUUGGACUUCUCUGUCAAGAAGGAGCUUGACGUCAACAGAAAUAUUAGCCAUUCAGUGGAAUCGUACACCAAAAUCAAAUCAGAGCCACAGUGGAAUGAGUAUAUGGAAGAAAAUGGAAAUGAUUCCAACAUGCCAAACAAGAUGCGUUUGCCUUUAGCAAUUCAAAAGCAGGAGAGUGUGCCCAUUCUUCAGUGCUCUAGGUGCGGAUUUGUUGCCAAAACUCUUGUCGACUACAGUUCACACAUGACUCUACAUUUGAACAAACGGGCUUUCAAAUGUGCUGAAUGUCAGGAACAUUUUAACGGAGUGGAUGAAUUGAACAAACAUUUUGCUGAAGAACAUUCUGAUAAAAUUCACGAACAUAAAGAAGCCAUACAGAAAAUACCCCAUGGCCUACAGCAAACCUAUCACCUACUUAAGAUGCCACUCAAUGCCAUAGGUUCAAUGUCAUCUCAGGAAAUCGGGAAUGGAGAACCCAAAUUCCUCAAAUGCAGUAUGUGUAGCUUUGUGGCAAAAUGGCCUGCAGAAUUACAGAAGCAUGCUGUGUCCCACUCUGAGGAGCGACCAUUCGUGUGCAUGGUAUGUGGAUCCACCUACAAGUGGAAAUGGGAUCUGGUGAAACAUUUCGAGAAGAGCCACAGCACACUUCCUAAUCCCUAUAAACGUCGUGAGCAAGGUGGUGGUGGUGGAUCCGUCUCGGGUAACAGCAGCAAGCCAGGGAUAGAGACAAGUCCACCACUGUCAUCCUCUGAGCGAUCCUCGGAAACUCCCAACAGCAUUUCCAGUUUGUACGAGAUCUCUAGUGGCCAGGUGUUGUCCAGCACCACAGCAGCUCUACUCGAUGCUGGCAGCCACAAUAUUCGCAAAAUUCCAUUUACACACAUGCAAGGUGAUAUUGAGCCUGCCAAAAAGAAACGGAGGCUGUCGGACACUGAUUUGCCGCUACAGAAUGGCCAGAAUGACAAUUCACAUGUCAGAUACAUUAUGUCAGGAGGUAUGGACGGUGCAAGUCAAGAGCGUCCAUCAUCAGAACCACUGUCCAGCCUCAACAAGGAGGAUAGUCAGGACGCCUUUAUGAGGAAACACCUGCACCUUAACAGUGUCAGGUCUAACUCUGCUCUCAAGGACAUCCAUGAUCUUAUACCUGGAGAGGAAGAAGAUUUCCAGGAUGAAUUCCGCAGCAGAUUCGGGUUUAACUCCACAAUGUCUAUGAGCAAUGAAACAAAUACCAUGCUUGAAAUAAUGAAGAAGCGACUCGAGGCUGGAACACUUUCUCCUUCUGAAAAGUGUAAACUGACCAUGGACAAGAGUGGAAAAGUAACACCGAGCGACAUCCUGCUACCCUACAGGUGUCCCAGGUGUGAGUACCGGGCACGAUGGCCAUCAGAGAUUACCCAGCAUAUGAAGAACCACUCUGAUGAAAAACCGUAUCACUGCCCACGCUGCAGCUACAAGAGCAAGUGGAAGUGGGAUGUGGUUAAACAUCUGAAGCGUUGCGGAGGUGGCACCAUCCGUGACGUCAUUGACACCAGCAAGAUAAAGAAGAUGCCACCUCCAAAUGUGACGGUGAUGCCACAAGGAAAUCUGCAGCAGCAGACCCCUCAGCCUGUCAACUACAUAAUGAACUCUUCAUUGGAGGACUCGAAGGAAGAAGAGGACAGUCUUCCCAAUGGAGUGGCCAAACAGGCAAUGGCCUACUACAAAAACUAUGACAUGGCAGCACAGUACCAGGACUAUGAGGAGGACUUUAGCCAGGACGAAAGCUCAGAUAACCAACCCAGACAGCCCGUGUUCCGUAGUUUAAUCAACCAGGGUAUGUACCACUGCCUGGAGUGUCCCUUCAUAGGCCACAGCCCAGCAGAACUCAGACGACAUGCCGUCCUUCACUCCGAAAACAAGCCAUUCACGUGUACCAUAUGUGGUUACAGCUCACGCUGGAAGUGUGAUCUGAAAAAGCACAUCCGAACAUAUGAACACUUUGAUGUGAAUGCCAGCAACAAGCACAAGGCCCAACAAGAGUACACCACCCCGAUGUACUUACAGGACAAGUUCAAGUUGUCCAAACCCAGCUUUGAGCAAGAAGAUGAUGAUGACGAGGACCGUACCCUGUACAGGUGUGACAGUUGUCAGUAUGUCACAUACAAAAAAUCUUCGUAUGACAUCCAUGUCAAAAUGCACGGAGACACCAAAAAAGAAGAUGGAGGCUCAUCCGCUAAACUUCGAUGUAAGCAAUGUGAGUUUCAAGCCGAGGAUUUGUCUUCCUUCCUACAACAUAAGAAGAGCCACAGUGCUGCUGUACCUUCUCAGGGUCAACCUCCUGAGCAGGUAUCCAAUCGUACCCUCCAUCUCAAACACAGACGUAAGCCAGUCCAGCAGUUCAAGUGCUCCAAGUGUCCUUACACUUGCUUUAAGAGGUCUGGACUCUCUCUGCAUGAAGCCAUGCACGAGCCGAGGGGAGGCGAGGCGUUUAUAUGUCUGUACUGCGACUACAAUGUCUACAGCAAAAACCUUGUCCUACAGCACAUGAGGCUCCAUCCCGAGUUUGACGCCCAAGAAUGCCAAGACUUUCUCAAAGAUGAUGACAUGAGUGAUUUCAGCGAAGAUUUUGCUUCUAGAAAUAGGGAUGAUGACAAUGAGGAUUGUUUGGUGAUAGACGACAUGGAGCAGGAAGAUAUGGAGCGUGAAUAUAUGGAAAAAUUCUCAAAUAGAUCAGGAAAACUCUCAGAAAAAUCGACCAACUUUUCAUCAGGUCAGGAUGAGAUCUCUCAGGGAAAUCAGAAUGAGGGACUUGAUUUGUCAGCCGGAGCCUUAGACCUGACCUCCAUGUCCCAAACAUCUGCCACUAAUCCACAACCCACAUCUAUUUUUGGGCGAGGAAAUCCAAACAACCGCUUCCCCUGUGAAUGGUGCUCAGCAAUGUUUCCAAAUGUAGUCACUGUGUACCAGCACGCACGUACAGCCCAUCCGUUUGAACUGAGGGCCCAGGAGUUGGGAGAAACCAUGUCUCUGCCCACUAAAACCCCAGCUAGUAAUGCAAUGUCUGCAUUCAGCGCCAAAGUGGAGAAACAGCAAAACCUGUUUGGAGGUCACUCUCAGUCACAACAAGCCAGUUCUGUCCAGGCUCACACGCAGGCACCAGCUACACAACAACAUGCACCACGCCAGUUGCACUCGCGGCUGUUCAACCAAACUUUCGUCCAACAACCUCGUUACCGCCCUAUUGAGCCAAAACCCCAUCAGCAACAACAACAGCUACAGCAACCAAAUAUACAAAACAUUCCAAAACCUACAGUGCCAGUAACGUCGAUUAUUCCAAAACCUACAGUGCCAGUGACGUUAAACCAGUCAGUGCUCCACCAGAGACUCCAAGAAAUAUCCAACAAGGUGGCAAUGUCGGGUCCAUCAGCAUCAUCUGUUACACCUUCACAGCCGAGGAGCCUUCCCAGCAGUCUCCCUAGCACUCCGUCUCCUCAACAGCGGGCCCAGCAACACAUGCUUCAGCAACUGAAGGCCAAAAAAUCGACUAGUCCUCACAAGCGAGGCCGAUCAUUCCAGUGUACCAAAUGCUCCUUCACUGCUCCCAACGCUGUCACUUAUCUCAGACACAUCGAACGCCACGGCAGCAAUUGUCGUCACACCUGUCGUUUCUGUGACUACAGUAUAGACCGGCUGAAUCUGCUCUACCAGCACAUGAAGGGCACGCACAGCGACCUCUGGAGGGGCACGCCUGAGGAGAAAAUCAACCUCACUUCCAACGGUACACGACAGGACAGCCGACAGAAGAUGUAUCAGAGCAUGGAUCACUCUUUUGACAGCAUGCAUAAUGGCUUUGAGGGUGUUAUGGACGAGUUUGGGGACAUGAAGGGUAGUGGAGGGGAUGACAGUCUGAACUCCUCUAUGACCAGUACUGACUUCAGUAUGAUGGCGUCUAAGGAGGAGAACAAGCCGGUCAUGGUAUUGAAGGAGGAGACAACUUGGCGGGGCAUUCCUGUACAGGUGUGUACCAUUAAUGGACGCAAGAACUACAAAUGUCCCAAGUGUUCCUACGUCAGCAGCAACGCAGCCAAUACGACCAACCAUGUCCGGCAGCACGGCUCCAACAGAAAGUACAAAUGUGAGCAAUGUGACUACAGCGUGGACAACCUUAAACUUAUCUACCACCACAUGCAGUCGGUUCAUCCCUCUGAGCCAAACUUUUUGGAGAAGUCAGGAGGCAAGCUGCCAUUCACUGUAGAGUAUGAGUAUCUGCCGGAGGAGAACAACAACUCGCUGACCUGGGGUGAGGAGGGAUUCUCCAAUAGAAACAACAGGACUUCUACUGUACAGCUAGCGGGGUGUACCAAAUGUCCGUUUAAGACCAACUCUUUGGAAAGUAUCCAACAGCAUCAGGACCGGCACGAGUAUAAAGGUCAACUAAGUUGUCAGUACUGCGACUACAGCGUGGAUAGCCAAACCGAACUAGUCAAACACCUCAUUGUUCAUCGUGAACCGUACGAACCAGAGAUUCUCGAGGACUUUGAGGACGACGCCAAUUCCGAGGAAUACAACAUGUACCGGGAGCACCAGAAACGCCAGCAGCAGAAGGCUAGUAAGGCCAACAUGGAGAGUGACAUGGAGAUAGAGGCGAUGGUUCCCACGCACAAACUCACUCAACAGUUCCUCAAAAACAUCGUAAACAGAAUGAAAAAGAACGGGGAGAGGCUUCGAUACAAGUGUGCAAGGUGUCCAUACUUUAGCUUCUGUAAGAACAACAUCAUCAAACACAGGCGUCAGCACCUUGUCAAGAGCCAGUAUGCGUGUCAGAUGUGUGAUUACAGUGCCACUAGGGCAUUCCUUUUGACUCAACACAUGAAGUUCCACAAGGAAGAGGAGGAGGAGAUGGUCAAGGCACAGGAAGGCACACCUAAAACUGGGGGCACCUUCCAGGACGUCAUCCUCGACCCAUUCGACAAGGAAGGCUGUAAUCUGCUUAAAAACAUUGAAGCUCUCGAUAACAAGAUCACAGAGAGGACUAGCCUAUCUCAGGAGGAACAGAAAGAUUUUGAGGAUGAAGCUUUAGAUGAAAUGGAAUUCGGACCUCGAGAUGAGAAUAUUGAGGAUUUUGACGAGGAGGAAAUGGCUGCUUUAGAGAGAGCAGAAUUUGAAGGGAUAAAUAAUUCGAAAAUGGAGUCGAGUCUGGUGAAGGAUGAUUCAGCGAAAGAGGGACAGGACGUAGAGACAGUGAGCAAUGCUUCAGAUGAUAGUCUGUCGGAAAUCGACCCAUCAGCACUACAGGAGCAGAUCUCGCUCAAUAUGUCGGCUACUGUCACAAACGGGGAGAAAAUUCGCUACAACUGCUCCCUGUGUCCGUACAAAUGUAAUGCUCUGCGCAGCUUCAAAUGUCAUAUCCACAUGCACGGACUCAACAAGAAAUACAUCUGCGACUUCUGUAACUGGAGUGCGGACCGACUCAACCUGCUGUACCAGCACAGAAAGGUUCAUAUUGAGGAGCAGGGAUUUGUCCUUAAUCAGGAGGAUAUAGUCUUUCUCAACCGUGACUUCGCUCUUGAAUCCAACGAUAAAAUAGCUAACAACAUUAUGGAGAUGAUUCCUCCCCUGAGAAUUGUCAACAACAACAACAACAAUACUGUACCACAGGAGUUGGAGAAGAACGACCCACGCCGAAUGUUCAACCGCAAUUUUAGUGGAAAGAAGGUCUACACCUGCAAGCAGUGUCCAUUCACAUGUAACAACAAGAACAGCUUUGACUAUCACAAAAAUCUUCAUCGCAUCAAGGCACGCUACCAGUGUUCUGAAUGUUCCUACAGCGUGGAUCGCUGGAAUCUCCUGUCCCAGCAUAUGAGACUCCAUGCAGAGACUGACUCAUUUGGACGAGGUCAGAACCGAUGUCCGAAAUGUCCGUAUCUCAACCCGAACUCACAGCUCCUAGAGGUACAUCUACAGCUCCACGGAGCAGGCAAGGAAUUUGCUUGCAAGUUCUGUGACUACAGUGUAGAUAAACAGUCAAGUCUGCAGCAGCAUCAGAAGGUCCAUCUCACCGACGAGUCUGGCUGCUCCUCGCCUUUACUUAAUCAGAUGGAUAUGAAGAAUUUUGAAACGUCCAGUCCCGACAGAAUUGCUCCCCAGCUGUAUUUCAACUCGCCAGAAAACGAUAUUGAUUCGGAUGACGACAGUCUUGGCGAUGCGGCUGAUGACUUGAAGUGUGAACGUUGUCCAUAUGGUACGCCCUCUAAGGACGAGUUAGCCGACCACGAACACCAACACAACAUCCACUAUAAGUACGCCUGUCCUUACUGUGACUACAGCUGUCCCGAGGAGUUCCAGUUGGUGGACCACAUCCAGCUCCAUCUCCCCAGCACCAAAGUUGACAGGGAUGUUGUCAAAUCCAUUCUGGAAAAACAAUCCAAAAAUGGUGACAAAUCUCUAGAACGACCAGAAGUUCCUGUUGUGAGUUUUAGGAAAGUUCAUGACACAGAAACUGCCGGUGAGCCGGAUUCCACUACAACAUCACCUCCUGGUCAGCUAGGAGAGAAGAAGAUGAUGCUGACAGAUGACGCUGACAAAAUGAAGGCCCCAAAGGAAAAGAACCGCACAAAAGUUUAUGUGUGUCAGUACUGUGAACGAGAGUUUGAAGGCAAAAACUUGAUGCUUCAACACGAGCGCCAGCAUCUUAUAGGAACGAAAUACUAGUAACCCGACAAUAUUCUC